GUUAGAGAACAGCCGCAUUCCUUUUGGGUUCGAGUCACUGGGUUCGAGUCCGUUCUACGUCUUUAAUUAAAUCGCCGGGGUUCAUUUGUCCACAUGCCAAAACACUUUAAGCCCCCAGGAGAAGAUGAACGUUUGGGUGCUAUUGGGAUCAGGAAGAAAAAGCAUCUCUCUAGUACCAGUGCCGCUUCAUCAGAAAAAGUAACAAGAUCAAAGGCCAGAGCAGCUACAAUAAGCAGUGAUGACUAUAUUCUAGAACACAGUAGACUUUACAUGCACCGGAGAAGUCAAGCCGAACCAUCGGCAGACUUGCUGAAAGCUCUGACUCCAGACCCUGACCUAUUUCUCCCUAUGCCAAAGCCGCACGACAUGGACUGGUUAGCUCACCACCCUGAGAAGGGUCAGACCUUCGAACAGUUUGUGGCACAACCCCACAAUAAACCCGAUGCUAAGCGCAACGUAAUUCACCUGCUGCCGUUGAGGUUCUUCGAGAAGUCGGUGCCAGAUGAUGCAUUAGAGGCGUUGAAGGAGUAUGCCUCGUAUUUUUUCUUGGGGAUGAAAGUGAAGAUUUUGAAGGGGAAAUAUUUUGCCAAGAAAGUUGUUCAUCGUAAAAAUCCUGAUACAGGACACAAACAGGUAAAUGCUGAGCACAUCCUGCUCCACAUGCUAGGUCUAGUACAAGAGAACUCCUACUGUGUGGCUGGUAUUACACUGUGUGAUCUGUACCCCAGGGAAGAGUGGAACUUUGUCUUUGGUCUGGCCAGUCUGUCAUCUCGCUGUGGGGUCUACUCCCUAGCAAGGUACCUGCCUGGGUUUGGUGAGGAGGAGGAGGAGGAGGGGGAGACAGAGGAGGAAAGUGUGGCAUCAGCGAAUUUGAUACGAAGGGCAUGUCUUCUCAUGUGUCACGAGAUCGGUCACAUGUUUGGAUUGCGACAUUGUAUCUAUUUUAAAUGUAUCAUGAAUGGCUCCAAUCAUCUGAUGGAAUUUGACAGGAAGUUGCUGUUUUUGUGUCCUGUAUGCUUACGGAAACUUCACCAUUCUUUGGCGUUUGAUAUUGUGGAACGUUACAAGAAUAUGUUGGUGUUUUGUGAAAAGUAUGGAAUUACUGAUGAAGCUGAGUGGCUGAGGCGCAGGAUUUCCAAACUACAAUAGUCACGAUAGGCAGGACAUUUUUAGAAAAUUAUUUGAAAACUUUAUUGAAUUAGAAAUUCAAUAAAUCACACAUUCCUGCAGCAUUACUUUGCAUUGUGAUAAAACAAGAUCUUUUCAAGGAUGGAAAAUAUCAAUUUUUCAGAUAAAUAAUUUUGGAAUCAUUGUGGUACAGGUAUUUUCUCUGUAUAGAAUAGAACUAUCAGGUAUCCUGCUUUUUAGUUGUGUUGUUACCACUCAACAGGAAUGUUCUAAUUUUCUGAAUUUUCA